UUCAUAAAGCAUUUGUCUAACAUUGAUGACUAUGGCGACUUCUAGUCAAUCCAUGUGUGAGGGGAAAAAGAAAUCGUCAGAUGUAACGAUUAAAGAAGGAGACCAUGUGAUUUUAAAGAAAGGAAAGACAGUUCGAGUUUUCCAGAUCCGAAAGAAACGAGAUAUAUGGCUUGACAAGAUGAAGUUUACCCUUGAUGGAGCUAUUGGUCAUGUCUAUGGAUCAAACUUUGAGGUCAAGAGUGGACAGAUGCAUAAGAUACAGAAAACAUUUAAAGAAUCAGAAGUUUUAGGUUCUGAGAAAGGAACAGAUAACAGGAACUUGCAUGAUCUGGACAGCAAUCAGAAGUUAUCACGGGAAGACAUCGAAAAGAUGAAAAAAGAAGGAGCUAAAGGAGAGGAAAUCAUUGGGCAGCUUAUAGAAAACAGUACAACUUUUAAAGGAAAGACAGAGUUUGCUCAAGAGAAAUGGGUCAAAAAGAAAAAGCAAAAACAUGUGGCAGAGUUUACAGUGCUAAAACCAAACACCAGGUUAAUGUGCCAGAUGUACCAUGAAAAGUCACCAGCAAAGAUUCUUAACAUUAGAAUGGACACACUGGCACAGAUUCUGACCUAUGGAAAUGUCCAUGCCUAUACAAAUGUAGCUGUGGUGGACACAUGCUCGGGACUCGUAGUGGGGGCUGUCAUGGAAAGAUUGGGAGGGUACGGAAAAGUAAUACACUUCCACCCUGGUGACAGACCAGUAAGACCCAUUUUGGAUAAUCUAGAUUUUCCAGAGGAGUUCCUGGACAACUUGUAUAACUUUCCCUUUUGUGAAAUUGACUCUUUAAAAUCUGAAAGUUCUGAAGAAACAAACAGUGAUACUCAAAGUAAAAACUUAUCUGAAGAAUCAGUACAGAGUGUUCAAAAGGGAGAUAAUUCUUCAGAUACAAAUGUAAAAAACAAUGGGGAUAGUAAGAUGACAGAUGUAUUUGAUGAAAGAUUGAAGUCAAAGAGAAGUGCAACCACAGAGGAUGAAGAUAGAGAUAGUGCAAGUCCAGCAGCUAAAAAGAUGAAAACAGAGUUGUCAGGGAGAGAAGCAAACAAAGUUUUGAAUAGUAAAAGGUUAUCUGAGGCCAGAGAUCUGCUGCUGAAAUGCAAUAUUGACUGUUUGAUCGUAGCCAGCAAAUAUAACCCGACUCCACUGGUUACUACCCUGAUAGAAUAUGUGGCCACAUCCAGACCUGUUGUUGUAUACAGUCAGUAUCAGGAGGCUGUAAUGGAUGCCUAUGCCUAUCUGAGAGAGAUGGGGUGUCUGGUGAAUUACAGGGUCUCAGAAACCUGGCUCAGGGAAUAUCAGAUCCUACCAAUGAGGACACACCCUGUGAUACAGAUGAGUGCUGGAGGUGGAUAUCUUCUCACAGCCACCACGACAGUGAAGAAACCAACCGCAGCUGCCACAAUGUCAUGAUCAGUUGUUAGCAAUUUUAUAAUAAAUCUAAUAAUUA